AUGGAAUCAACCAAGUCUCCAAAAAGGCCUACUCUUAGGUGGGACCAAUACAAACGAGAAGUACUCUGCUGUUUAUACCGAUUCUUCAAGCAUGACAAAAAACAGGUUGAGGAAAUCUUCUCCUACAUCUUCAGGGAGCAUCUGAAUGAACGUGGCAUUCGGGGCUUCGUUCCAUUUUCCACCCUCAACACCCAGUGGUCUUGGAUGAAGCAUGAACGCAAUCCGGUCUGGUGUCAUGUUCAUAUAGACACCGCAUUUGACAAUCACGCUGAUUGGAAGGAGAUUAUCACAAAAAUCAAGUCUACAGCCAAGAUCCUACGGUUUCAUCUCCGUGAGAAGAUGGAAGACAGUAUUGACACAACGCACGACAGCUCUUCGAGUGCCAAGAGCAAGACUAUUGAGUCGAUUCAUUCGGUCGCGCAUCAUUCCCCCAGCGAAAGUUCCGAGUCCGGCCAGGACAUCUACCAGCAGAGCCUCCUUCAUGACAAUUCUCCAGAAGACAAUGACUCCGUUGUUAACAGCCAUGGGAAGGUUUGCUUAUGGUGUGGACAUGAGUUGACAACUGGGCCGCCGGAGAGCAUUCAACGUGAUCAACGCCAUAAAGACUACGGAAACGGAAACAAAAACGAAGAUAAUAGUGAUGGUGAACAUCAAGGUGUCCACCACGAUAGCUCCGACGUUGGAUCAGCCCUUAUUUGGGAAACCUUGCCACGGACAAGCCCCCGCCCUUAUCAUACUGAAGGCUCGGUGAUGAUUCACACGAUCGCACCGGGAAGUUCCAGCCACUCUUUUCUACGUCGCAUGCAAAUGGACCAGAACGGUGAUAAAGAGAAUAGCCACAACAAACCUCAUAAUGAGACCCUGCACGAUAAUCAGCAAGACAACCAACAACAUGAGUCUGGCCUGGAAGGAGUUCCCACAGAGAAACUCCCACCUUUGCUGUACCGAUGGUAUGAUAGCAAUUCACACGGUUUCAAUUCGGAGGACGGCUUUCUAGCUGGAAUGUUCUGCGUAUCUGAAUUCUUUGAUCGGGAGGAAAUAUCUGAUGACCUGUUUCUAGCCUACUUCCGGAGCCAUGUGACAAAGAAAAAGAGCACAACGCCAUUCAUCUCCUCAUUCCGCUCCCCAUUGGCGCCAAUUCAUAGAGCGAUCCAUAGUCAAGAUGAUGCAAAGGUGGCCGUAAUCGACUGCUCAAAGCUGAAUACAAAGGUUUUCUAUGCUCAUCCACUGGCAAAGCACACCGAUACCUUCACCUAUAGCUGGAGAGGCUAUGGUGAGUUUCUGAUAUGGGGACGAAUUCCAAUUGAAGCAGUUGUCUUCACACUCAGGGUCAGCGAACUGGACCAAAUCGCACACUCGCACAAAGAUAUCAAUCGUCUCCUUCAAUUGCCACUCAUCCGCAAGAGCUUCCGGUGCAACGAGGUACUGCGUGAUUGCUUGGAGGCAAACAGAAAAUCGGCAUACAAGUCUGGUCGGACACUCGGAAAGCUGUUGACGCUUCUCCGAUUCCCACAUAUUCAUUGGGAAAACUUUGCUCGCUGGUUUGCUCAGUCAUGGGGAUGGAAUCGCGCUGAAGAUUCUGUGCAGUUCAUGAGCGGACUGCGAAGCGAGCUUCCGUACUUAGACCAAGAACUCUCUGAUUCGGAAAACGAGGGCUAUCUGGUCUCACCCCACAAAACGCCCCAAAAACUGGGUACAGGUCGUGAACCACACUCGCCCUCCAGAUCAGACUUGAAUUAUGAACCACCAGGUUCUGAAGAAAACUCGGAUUGGAGCUCCGAAAGGCAAGCUCUGGAUACUGCGGAAACGCAGUCAAUCUCGAUGGAGGACUGUAGCGAGACUAUUGAUGAUGGUCGGUUCUCCACACACGAGACCUUGUCCAGCUUUGGCGCAUGGGAGAAUCUGCAAUUUGACGAUUGUGGGCAAGAAACGGACUCGUUACCUCACACUCCCAGGGGCCAUGACGAGGCGUACAAUGACGACCAUAGUCAGGAAUGGCCCUCCGACGGUCAGAUGUGCUCGACGACCUCACGCCUCUUUUGUGUGGAAAUUAUUAGACGGUUGGGAAACAGUACCACCUCAUAA